AUGCAAAACAAUAUUUCUUGCCAUUGUAUCCAUUGCCAAACAGUUAUAAAAGAAAUUAACAAAAAAGAUAAUGUUAAUUUAAAAAAACAUGAAAAACAACCAAAUGAUAUAGGAAAAAUAAAGUUUUGGCCUGACCAAGCCAUAUAUUGGAGGGGAGUUUUUGAUGGUUUUGAUUAUAUAAUCUUUGGUGUUGCUGUUGCUGCAUUUUCAAACAUUAAUAUGUCUUGUUUUUGGGCUACUAUUCUAACAAUAGGACUGAACUUUUUUAUUCUCCUUGGCAGACAAGCUUUAAUGUGGGAAUAUGAUUUAAAAAAGGAUGAAGGAAGAUUAAGUAUAGAAUCAUCUUAUUUUAACUCAUUAGCUCCAGUUGAUAGUGUAUAUGGAAAUAAAAUAGGUGUAUUAAUUGUUGUUAUAAUUGGAAUGAUAACAUGUACCACUAGUUUAAUAGUACAAGCACUAAUUUAUAAAGAUUCAUUUAAAAAAACCUUUCUUUUUUUGGGAACCAUCAUCUGA